UUCUUUUACUGAUAUACUGAUUUCAGUCUCAACUACAGCUGUUGCACGAAGGAGGAAGAUUAAAGAAGCUUCUGCCCCAAAAGAGUCUGAGACAUCUAAAAGCGACAAACCAAACGAAAGUGAUUCGAUCGUCACGGACAAGAAGCCCACGAGCUCGAAACCCCCAACGGGUUCGAAGCGUAAAGCUUCUUCGACCAAUGCCUCAGAUGGUGAAGACAAAUCUCCUCCUCAAACUAGACAAGGACAGAAAAAGAAACACAAAGCUGUUACCCCUUCAAGAAAAGGGAAAAAAGCAAGUCCUUCAAAAGCUGCUUCUCCUGGCAAUAAGGUGUCUUCUGAAGAGUCUCCUUUGAAGACUGCCAGCAAUGCUCUUGUUUUGGAAAGUCAUAACUCAAGCCCAGACAAUAAUCCACCCAAGGAUGAUGCUGGCACUGCUACUUCUGGUUUCAAAGACCCUGGCCUCACCAUUGAUGUUGAUAAACUUUAUGAUACUUCUCAAGCUAGAACCCAUGUUCUCUCACCAGUCUUCAAAGACGUUAGGCCAAUUGCCACUAUAUUGCCUAAUGAGCCAAUCGAAGAAAGCCAGUCUACUGACGAAUCCCCACCUACUCAUCAAGGCAAAGAUUUGGAAGAGGAUCAUCCAUUCUCCGGUAGCGACAAUGUGAACCAGCAAACUCAUGGCAAUGAAGAUUCUGCAUCGGAAAAAGAUGCCAUGGAGGAGAUUUCUCAACCAAAAAAACCAGUUUCUCAGGGGACUUCGACUCCCGAUGUAAAAACUAUUCCUGAGACAACUUCGACGCCUGCUCCUACGAAGCCUACUCCCUCGGAGCUUGAACAACUUAAACAAACUGAUCCUCUUGGGUUCCUAAGGGCUAUCAUGAAUGUGAAUACUUCUUCACUUUCGGAGCCUGAUGUUUCUCCAGCUCUAACUGCAGAUUCUAGUGACAAGGAAGAUACUCCUAACCUUCUUCGACAGAUAAAAGAGAGAUUCUUUGGGGUCAAUCUUGUAGAUGUUCUCAACCGGGACCCUGUUAAAAGCUACAACUUAAAUCAACUUUUAAAGAAAGUAGAUUUGCUUCAAGUUUCCCCAGAAGUCUCAGAGAUGAUUGUUCUGCUAGGCUCUCUCCUUGAACAACUCCAAGCUGACAUUCUUCGAAAGCAAAACGUCGAUAAAGCAUUAUCUGAGAUAGUGGCCUCUCAUGACUCUUCAUGGAAUUCUGCCGUGGAAGCCACAAAACAAGGUGAAGCCCUCAAGCUUAAACAUUCGGAGAAUCAAAAAGCCAUUGAUGAAUAUGAGAGGAAAAUCAGCUCCUGGAAACAAGAAAUAAAAAUGCUCGAGGGCAAGAUAAAGGAAGCUGAAAGUAGCCAAGCAGCCCUCCAAGAAUCUAACCAACAAGAUUUGCUCGAAGUGGUGCAGUCAGGAAUCAAACAUUUCGAGACUGCACAGAAGUUAGUGCCAGAGAUCGACAAGUUGAAGAAACAAAGGGCACUAAUUGAACUUCGAAUGUCCUCAUGGGAAACUCAAUAUCUGAAGAUCAAAAGGGAUCUCCCUGAGGACUUUAGCUAGAUGUCUUCAAUCUUGUUUCAUUUGUUGGAUUUUUAUUUUGUAAUCGAGACAUAUAAUAUUUGUACGCUUGACUCCCAUUUCUAUCUAUAUUAUUUGCUUGCACUAAUUUUAACAAAUCUUUCAAUUUUCUGCCAAAUAUAUCUUUAGAUUUCCUACAGUGCUUUUUAUUAAAUACAACAUGUAGAACCUGAACAUCCUUCGCAGCACUCUUGCCUCUAGACUUGACGUUUCCACUUCUUCUAGCCAUAAUCAUUAUUAAAAGUGACGUCACUUUCUCCAAAACGUCGGUUUUCAGACGUGCGUGCAUCAGUUUAAUGAUUACUUUUCAACUUCCAAGGGCGGGAAACGGCGGAGGCCAUAACUUCUUACUUUGAAAAACGAACCGCAGUCUAAUCACUCAUUAAAAAUGUAAAACCAACCUUCAGUAUUCUCCUUCUAUAUAAAGGGUUCCAUAUCACUUUUAUUUCUUCAUUCAAGUAUUUCUUCCCCAAACCAAAACACAGAAAAAAGAGAAAACACAACUCUUUCCUCUCAAACACCAUUUUUCCCUGAAAUGGCUGGAAUUCUCUCCUUUAACGAUCUCAAAGCUCUCAACAAGGGUGAGUUCAGACUUGAUGAGGAUGAACUUCUUCGUCAUUUCAUUAACAUUGAAAAUCUCUUUGCUAAUCAGGAACUGAACUUCUACUUUGAGGAAGUCCUGGAGGGUGCCAUCUACCCUAAUAUGGUGGCAGAGUUUUGGAUGAAUGCGUCUUUACGCAUGGACCCUGAAGGUAGAGCCACCAUUGAUUCAUCCGUUCGACAUGCUCACCUUAGCAUUACCCCCACCACUAUUGCCAAUCUCAUAAGAUGCAAUAACACCGGAGCAACUUUUGAUGAUAAUGUUCUUAGCAUGACUACUCAUAUCAUGUUGAGAACACUCAUGGACAGUGAUCGCUACAGCGCACAAACCAUCAGGAUUUGGCACCAAAUGCUCGUAGGCAACUUUCAACCUCGGGUGAUUGAUGAGAAUAACAUCAUGGUUGAAGAUCUGGAGUUUAUUCUCUGUGGUAUUCGGGGAAGAAAGAUUAACAUACCUUUGAUGAUCUUCAAAGGUCUUGUCAAAGCUGUUGCUAUCGGCGUGGACCGUCGAGAAAGUGUAACUUGCCUUCCAUACGGGAGACUCCUUAGUUACAUUUUUCUCAAGAAAGGCGUAGUGAGAAGAAUGCGUGAUUCUGGGGCUAGGGACAUGUUCGAAGCUGAACCUGUUCCUGUGCUAUCUCUGGACAGUCUGGACGCCAGAAUUAACUAGCGAGUCUAAGUUUAAUCUUUUUGUAUGUCUAUGCCUUCCUCUCUUUUGUAAUCUUAGAUCCUAUUUCUGGAUCGUUUUGUAAUGAAAUGUAUUUCCAUGCUUGCAAUGAAAAAAAUAUUUUGGUGCUUUGAUUUUUCUUUCCAUAAUUCUUUCUGAUUCUAAAGCCAUUUUGAUCAAUGUGAAGUAUAUUUUGACACAUGCCUGACCAUUUUGGCUUUUCGUAGUACUUUGAGUGUCUACGUCUUUGCAAUCUUUACUUCAUGCAUGCUAGGUUUAUAUCUCUUCAAGUAUUUCCCAUUUACUCUUAAGAUCCUGCGAUCUUCUGCUAAUUCUUCAAUUUCGUAGGCAUUGUUCGAGAAUACUUUUAAGAUUCGAAAGGGUCCUUCCCAAUGUGGGGACCAUUUACCAAGUGCCUGAUUCUUUCGAUCUAUAGGUAGAAUAACUUUCCAAACUAGAUCAUUAUUAACAAAAGUUUUACUUUUCACCUUUUUGUUAUAUGCUCUAGACACUCUUUCCUUUUGCCUCUUUAUCAUUUCCAAUGCUCGAAGCCUGUCUUCGUCCAAAUCUACUAACUCGUUCAUCAUUAAUUCCCAGUAUACGUUGGGAGGAAUGUCUGCUUGCCUUUGUAUUCUUACUGAUUGCAAACAUAUCUCAAUUGGAAGUACUGCGUCAUGUCCAAACGUUAACUGAAAAGGAGUUGUAUUUGUGGCUUCUUUUGGAGACGUUCGACAAGCCCAAAGUGCCUGAUCUAAAGUCUUAUGCCAAUUCUUGGGUUUCCUUCCUACAUGUUUCUUAAUAAGGCCAAUUAUUACUUUAUUUGCUGCUUCAUCUUGGCCAUUUGCUUGAGCAUAAUAAGGUGUAGAAGUAAAUAACUUGAAACCUAUUUCUCUGGCAAAGUCUUGCAUUUUUCGUCCAGUAAAGACUGAUCCCUGAUCCGUUGUUAUGCUUUCUGGGAUUCCAAACCUAUAUAUAAUAUGUUUUUGAAUGAACUCAAUCACAGCCUCUUGAUCCACAUUUGCCAGCGGUAUUGCUUCGACCCAUUUUGUGAAAUAGUCUAUUCCCACCAAAAUGUAUCUUUGGCCUUUAGAGGACUUGGGGUGAAUUUCUCCAAUCAAAUCUAGUGCCCAUCCCCUAAAAGGCCAUGGUUUUACUAUCGUACUUAGUUCGUUUGCUGGGGCGUGUUGGAUACCUGCGUGUUCUUGGCAUUCUUGGCACCCUUUUGCAAAUUCUAUGCAAUCUUUUAACAUCGAAGGCCAAUACAUCCCAUAUCGAAACAAAAGCCAUUUCAUUUUGUGCCCUGCUUGAUGUGCACCACAUGCCCCACUAUGUACGUUCGACAGAGCCAAGUAUGCUUCUACUUCUCCCAAGCAUUUUAACAAUACC